UAUGCAUGUACCACCUUCCCGCGAUCACCGCCCCAACCAGCUAACCAACCAAUCCCAUCCCUCAUCGUCGGUACCGAUGGUACCGUACCGGCUGAACGACGAUAUUCUGGAAGGAACGACUGACGAGUAACUACCGUACAUAUCCAAUCGAAACCAUGGUCAUCAGCACUCAAAAUUAAUUUUUCCUCCGCACCCCAUCCUGCCGAAUCGACGGAUUCGCCGGAUUCGCGCUGGCUUCAUUUCCGUGGAGGGGGCGAACCCAAUGAGUGAUGAAUAGUGAAGGAACUUGGAAGCCCUACUGCCAUGCCUGCCUGCCACCAUUGCUACUGCCACUGCCACUAACUGCAACUGCUUCCCGCCUGGAAGGGCCGGAUCCUGUUCCGCCCUGCUCUUCCCAUUACGACCUGCCUAUGAACCGACCGGAAGACACGAUGGUUUGCAGAUCAACUGAAUUCUGCAACUACACUUCCUUCAUGUUCCAGCCAACCGAAAGCCUUUGUUUGCUAUAGUGCGGUUGCUCGAGCUUGGAGGAGGAGGGCCCAGGGGGCGGUCGGUCAUGCACUCACCGAAUGGUAUGAGGAGGAUGAGAAGGAAGCGGAGGAGCGAGGGGGGAGGGAAUGCAGCAUCGUCUAGGAACAGCCUGUCUCACGGUAGAUGCUCGAGCAGGAUGUGUGGGAUGUGUGGGUGGAGCGGCGUAUAUGUCACGGGAAGCCGCAGAAGAACUGGGGAGUCGACUAGGUACAUACCUCAUGUGCUAAGGGUGUCAGAUGUCGAUUCUGGAACAGCAGGCAGCGUUG